CUUCCAAGGUUCCGUCGGGAGCGAGACGACGAUUCACAUGGCGCAAUCGACUGUGAGCGAAUGCGUCAAACGCGUCGCUCAAGCUAUAGUGAAAGUGGGCGCGCAAAAUGGGUGGGUGCGCUUCCCGACGACGACCGAAGAAAAGGCGGCCGUGAAAGAAGGCUUCCUUCGGCUCGGCGCCAUUCCGGGAGUGAUCGGCUGCAUCGACGGCACCCUCAUCGGCAUCAAGGCGCCUAAGGGACCCCGCAAGGCUUCGUUCAUGUGCAGGAAGCACUUCUACGCCCUCAACGUUAUGAUCAUCUGCGAUGCGGCGAUGCGGAUCCUGGCCAUCGACCCUAUGCGACCGGGGUCAGACCAUGACUCGUUCGUCUGGCAGACGACCUGGCUGCGCCGACGGUUCCUGGCGGGGCGCAUUGCAGAGCCAGGCGAAUACCUGCUUGGUGACAGUGGCUACCCAUUGGAGCCGUGGCUCCUCAUCCCGGUCUCUGGUGAUCCUUCCGAGCACAGUGCCGAAGGCAGGUUCAACGCUGAGCACAUCACCAUGCGCUCCAUUGUGGAGCGGUGCAUUGGCAUGCUUAAAGCCCGCUUCCGGUGCUUGCAGCGUUACCGCACCCUCCACCACGAGCCAGAGCGUGCUGCUGACAUUAUUGCAGCAUGUGCUUCCCUUCACAAUCUAUGCUUAGGUGAGGGUGCCACUGAGCCGGUUGAUGAGUUUGAAGGCAUUGAAGACUUUUUCAGCAGCAGCAGCAGCAGCACCAGCAGCGAAGAUUCUAACGGGUCCCCCAUCCAACAGGGUUUGACCCGAAACAGGGCCACAAGAAGCUAUUAUUUAAGAGGGCGCGCAGUACGGGACGGUGUCAUUGCGCGCUUUGGCACCACCCGUGCGCAGCACUACGAGUACUUGAGGAGGGUGCGCCGGCGGUUGCGACGCCAACAGCAUCGUUGGUAGAUGCGUAAUGGAGCAGUUGGAGUAGUGUGUAUUUAAGAGAUGUCAAAUAAUUGAUUUACACAUAUUAUUACUGCGAGGAUGUGUGACCUCUUUCAGGCAUGGUACAAGAAUUGUGAUGAAAAGAGAACAUAUGCAUUCUUGCAGAAAAGCCAGUGUAAAACAAAAGUAUGAACAUACACUGCACUGGAGCGUGGUCAUAUCCAUACAACAUUUCAUGUGUUAAGCUUGCUGCUGAGGGUGGUAUAAAAGCUGUGUUGUUUUUUACGCGCCAAUAUUUUGUCUGGCGACUUCUUUUCACAACUGUGUAAUGGGUGAAGCAAUGUGGCUGAAUUGUGUUGCAUAGCAUGCACUGCAAUGUUACUUUUUUUUUUUACAUUCGAAAGUUUUCAUUGCUUAGUAACGAAAUGUAGCCCCUUUGAUGAUGCUGCUGCUGCUGCUGUCGAGUAUGUGCCAUUGCCCUGUAAUAUCCACUGAAAUGCAACCAUGGUUUUGUUUUUUUUACAUAUGAAAGGUCUCUCGUUUGUCUUGGCAUUCGAGCGAUUGUGACGUAGCUGUUAGAAUUUUUGCUGCUGUGAAUGAGAUGGGGAACAACUUGUUCUGCCUGUAGGUAUGUCCUGCAUUUCUUUUGUCCCGCCUGAGAUAGCUGUAUGCUGUCGUUUUGCAGUGCUCAUUGACAUCCAUUCCUGUUUGUCUUUUCACUCCCUAUGGAAGCAAUGAAGCCUCCGAUCGCACAAAAAUGCAACGCACACAACACCUUCCGCUCCUUUAGAAGUGUCGUCGUUCACUCCACUUCCAGUUCCUAUGUCAGUUGACCACACAACCAUCGCACAGUGUUCAAGAGACAGAAAUGCUGUUGAAAUUCAUUAUCUGCCAUGCCAGAGAACAUGCCUCACUUGAAGUGCAGUCAUAUGCAGAAAAGUGAAAUUACCAAUGAGCAUAACGUGAACGUAAAGUGCCUGUACUGGAAGAACGGUACUCAGUAACUUGGAAUUUUCUAGUUACAGCACAAGUACAAGAUGCAAAGUGUAGUAGCAGUCAUAGCAUGUACACAGGGUGUGUCCAGAUAUUAAAUUUCGUUUUGAUGCUUGUGCUGCUUCCAAUACUUCCCGUACAAACCCUGCAAACGAGGAACCCCGGUACGUGCACCCUAAUCGCGUGACAAAAGGAAAUAUUUCACUGUUGAUGAAUGCACACAACCUGUCCAUACUUGUAAAAAGAGCUGUGUAAUGUGUCUGCACAGUUUGUACAAUGCAAGCCAGCAUCAUAUGCGCAAAUAAAAGCCCUCAAAGUUGAUGUUUUAUUUCUUGCAUAAAUAUUCAUUCCUUUUUUUCCUCGAACAAUUCAUUCAAGCAACACAUUCUGUUUAUACAAUAAUGUAACUACUGUAUGGAAACUGCAUUGGAUGUCACACAGUAUGGUACAUCUUGUAAGAACAGUAGCUUGGAACACGAUACCAUGAACCGCGUUUGCUUGUAAUAAUGCACCACUAAUGGCAGAUAACGUUUCACUGGUUGUUCCUUUCAUGCAGCUGAUGACAGAGCACACAAAAAAAAAAACAUCCAAAUGUUUACAU